GGGGGGCUGGCCGUGCCCCUCAGACAUGCGCCCCUUCCGGCGCCCGCCUCGUUCGGGAGGAGGCGUCCUUCGCCUAAGGGUAAAAGCGGUCGCCCGCUUUCUUCAUCCUCCAGUGCUGGCGCUUACCCCGCCCACGCUGCUGUACGUCGCUCUGCGGGAGGGGGAAAAGGGCGGGCGGCGGCUGGGAUCAGGUCAUUGUUUGUAAUGUAGCUGCCUCUGAAGGAACACAGAGUGUCUUUUUGUCAUGCUGACUAACAACAUGGGGCAUCAUUUAAUGGUAUGUCAAGCAAUCAUUCCAAGAAAUCUGAAGCCUAUUCCCUACAUUUGUGGCUACAGAAUGUUGUCAGAUUACAAAUCUAAAAACAGCAUCAAGGACUCUUAUAAAAUUCUUGCGCUUAAUGAAGAUUGUUGCCUUGAAGAUGUGAGAAAUUCAUAUAUAAAACUUGCCAAAAGGUACCAUCCAGACAGCGGUUUGGAGACAGCUGACGCUGAAAUGUUUAUUAAAGUAGAAGAAGCAUACAGAGUAGUGCAUAAUCAUUUGGCAAACAAAGAGGAUCCGGAUGAAGAUGUGGAAGAGGAAGACCAGUUCAAACUAAAACCACUGCGACAUAGACACUACUUGAGUUUUGAAGGUGUUGGGCUUGGAACACCAAGCCAGAGAGAAAAGCAAUACAUGCAGUUUCGAGUAGAUCGUGCUGCUGAUCAAGUGUUGGAGUACCGGAGGCAGAGACUUGAAAGCCAGUAUUCUGUGACUGACCUAAUGAAAGCAAGAGAUGUGAGGCAGAGCAAAAAGGUGAAAAUAACCCAGGCAGUUGAACGGUUGGUUGAGGACCUCAUCCAGGAGUCGAUGGCAAAAGGAGACUUUGACAACCUCAGUGGCAAAGGAAAACCUUUGCAGAAGUUUUCAGACUGUCCUUAUAUUGACCCUAUGACUCACAACUUGAAUAGAAUUCUGAUAGACAAUGGAUACCAGCCCGAGUGGAUCCUGUUGCAGAAAGAAAUACGGGAAACUAUUGAGCAGUUAAGGGAGAGUAUAGUGGCAUCUAGAAGUAAGCUUGGAGAGCCAAUGACACCCUACAGGCAAAAGCAAUGGAAUCGUAUUUGUGAGCAGUUCGUGGAAGAUAUCAGGAAGUUAAACAAAAUAAUUGACAACUUCAAUUUAGUUGUUCCUCUUCUGAACAGUCAAAUGGUGCACUUCAGUGCAGACAGAGAACUUCAUAGAGCACAAAAGGCUUAUGAAGCUUCGAUGGAGAACAGAGUUUCAGAAACAAAGGAGAAUGAAAAGGAAGAUGUUAAAAGGUUUGGGUGGAAAUCUUUUAUCUUUAAGUGGUUAAAUCUUCAAUUGAAAUAGUACUAAUUCAUCUGUCUCAUUAAAACUUCAAAUGCACUUUAUUACUGAAACUCAUAACACUACAGAAAUUUCAGGUGCACUGCAGAUGUAAAAUCCAGCUGUACACUGUUACACCACUUAAGAGGAAUUGAGUUUUGCAUUUGUAGGUGUUUAUUUCUGAAUAUUGUUAAGGAACAAAUAAAUUCAGUUAUCCUUGCAGCUCAUUUUAGUUCUACUUAAAUUAAUGCUUCACCUUAGCAUAGAAAAUAAUUAUUUUUACAGUCUGUUAUCUCUCCAAAAGGUGAAACUGAGGCAUAGGAGAAACACAUUAAAGACAAAGUGGAAGUAAAAGUCCUGCUGUGCCCUGCUUGACCUUUAUCCUUUGUUAUAUAAAUGCUUACAGCACAUAAAUUAUUGACAGCUUUUAUGCAUUUUUUUAGAAGUACAUUAAUGUCCUCAAGGUUAAAUUAAAUGGGCAUGAAGGGAGAGUUCUGGAUGUCUGGAUUUGGACUGUAUGCUGUUGAAGUGCAUUUUUGGAUCUGGCUUUUAACACACAAGGGAGGUCUUGGAAAGCAUCCAAGCAAAUAAGGAAGAUUGUGUAAAACUGUAGCCUAGUCACAUGGCUUUUUGGAGGCAAGAGGAGGUGGGAAUAGAAAUUUUCAAAAUUACUUGCACCAUUUAAAUAUUUUUGAGUACUGGUAUCAGCUUACUGGAAGUACGAAAUAUGAAAAUGUGAAAUAUAUAUGUAUUUUGCUCCUGUGACUGACUGUCGCUGUGCCUGCCUGUGUAGGAGUUGUCCUGUGACCUUGGCAGUCAGUGGGAAGGCGUCCCCAGGUGGCCCCGAGUAUGAUAGGGGCAAUUUCUACUCAAGAAUUUCAGACAUUGCAGCUUUGGCAGAGGCCCCAGCACCAGCAGAGUGUGGGUUAGUGUGUUUGCUUUGGGCAGGUAACACUGCACAGUCUAUGCUUUUGCUCAUUUAGAUGAGGUCUUAAAAUACAGGCAGAACAUAAUUGUAUUUGCUGGUAGAAUGGAUUGAUUGAAAUAUCAUUUGUCAGAUAAUCUGGUAAUAUAAUUGAAUAUAAGUCGUGUACUGGUAAACACUAUGGGUCUUCCAAGCCUUUGUGAUGUGGCAAAUAAAUAAUAAUGGCAAGAUGUUGUCAUGUUUUAGAACACAGGGCUAAUCUCAGCUUCCUUUAACACAUUUUUUAAAGGAAUUAAGGUAGUAAAAUUAAAAAGAACAGUAUUAUGUGCAAAGUGAUCUGUUGCCUGUACGGUCUUCAGGUUACAUGGCAGUCCUGUUUCUGAGGACUUAGUACUAAGAGUGCAGAUUGGUGUCCUUUCCUUUGUGAUAAGGAUGUGAUUGACUGAGAUUUCAGGGUGGGACUGGGUGAGAUUGGGAAACUUUGAAUUCAUGACCUCUUUGUUUUAGCGGGUAUGUGAAUGAAUGUCUUUAUUUCAUUUACUUAUCCAUGUGUUUCUGCUUUUAAUUAAAGCUGAAAAUUAAACAUAUUUUCACGGAAGUCUGUUGGCACAGUACACUUAAAAAGAUCAGAUUGUAAUUCUCAUUAUGGUCUACAUAAACUUCAUCUGAAUUGAUGUUUAAACUAAUCCAGUGACAAAUUUAGGAAGAGCUAAUUGCAAAUCAAAAUCAUUGCACAAGAGUAAAUAGAAACCAGACUGCAGUAAAUCCAGCUUUGAUGAAAUCCAGGUAAGUAUUAGCAGUUUAAAUAUUUAAGUUGUUGUAAUGGAUGAGUCAGCAUACCAAGUGAUUUUUAUGUUCCUUUUAAAACUACUGGGUUUUAUAUGGGGUAGAUGUAAUCUGACUCAUUGCACUUUAAAUCAGCCUUAUACUGUUGUAAUGAAAAAUUGGCAGGCAUAAGUAUCCACUUCUUCUACAAUUAAUGCAAUCAUGAUGAAAAAAAAAAAUUAAGUUUUAUUUUCCCUAGGUGUGUGGAGGAGUAAAUUUUUGCAGGGUUUGUGAGAGUCUGAUCUCACUGAUUUGAAAUUGUCUCAAAAGAACAAUUUUAAAGUGAAUAGCCCCGGCUAGGGUGGAGGACCUGGCCUGGCCAGAGCUUAGCAGGGGGUGAUGCCUGGAAAGAGAUAAGAACUGAGAACUAAGAGCUGGGUGGAGACUUCUCCCCUUUUCAGAGGGCCUGUAAUGCUGGGAAGUCCCUCCAGGCGUGAUUACCCUGGCCAGGCUGGAGGAAGCCACCUUGUUUGUACUUAUGCUGAUGUACCUGGCUGAGGGGGAUGGAACGGAGCAGGAAUGAUGCCUGGAAGGAGAUAAGACCUGUGUGCUGGAAGCCCCCCCUCCAGGCAAACCUGUUUGCAAGGGCUCUGACGCCAAUGCUCCUGGCUUCUGUGGCAGCUGACUGACAGCUGCCCCUUCGGAACAAAAGGAACUCGGGGGUAUAUAUGACUGUCCAGGCUGUGACUGAUUGGUCAUCUCUUGACCCACCGCCAUCUCGCAUCGGACCCUGUCCAGGAUCAGCGACAUCUUGAAGAAACUCGCUGGACAGCUGCACCCCUGCUGGUGACUCUCUCCCGCUUUCUCUCUCUCUGUCAUUCUUUCUUACCUUUCUCAUACCCUUUUCUCUCCCAUUUCUCUCUCUUCUCUCCCUUUAUAUCUUCUUCUCUCCCUUUUUUGCCUGGCUCUAUCGUAAUGCUUGUGUCAAUUGUCAAAAGUCUGCUUUCACCUGACCCUUCGAUGGCUGGACUUUUAUUUCACAGAUCCAAAACAAAAAUAAAUUUUAAUGUUACCUUGGACUGUAA